GCAUCGUUGUAUCUUCCAACAGUCACUGAUCCGAUCUUCUCUGUCAGGACGUGAAACGAUUGGUGGACAAUUUCAAAGAGUACUUGCAGGUGGAAGGAAAAAAAAAAUCUUGCUAGUGACAUAUAUUCCCUUUCGAAAAGUCUUCUCUCAUUUUAUGUCUCCAGUAUCCGACGAGUGAAGGAAGGUGUGUGGUAAAUUUCGAGGGACCGAACUGUGAAGAUUCAACCGUUUCGUUAAUCCGGCGCGUCUGGUAUUUGCACUACGAACAGAUAAAUUAUCCUGUGGGGGGUGUUUGCAAUGGCGCCGAAUCUAACAACAGCAUCAGCCCUUUUCCUGGAGACGACACAGGACUCCGUCGUGUACCAGUCCAAGAGUCAGAAGUCAGCAUCGGCAGCCCGCCCAAGGUCGGGGCUUCAGAAGGUGCAAGCUGAGCACAAGGAUGAACCAGGGAAGCAGUACAACCUGAAAAUUCGCUGGCGCAACGUCAUCGCCUUCCUGUACUUGCACGUAUUCACUCUUUACGGAAUUUACCUAGCAUUUACAGCUGCGAAAUAUCAGACAAAUAUUUGGACUACCGCGGUGUUGAUUUUUGCAUCUAUCGGAGUGACGGCCGGAGCCCACAGACUCUGGUGUCACCGCUCCUACAAAGCCAAGUUGCCACUCCGUAUUCUCCUUUGCAUUAUGCAAACGAUUGCAUUUCAGAAUCACAUAUAUGAAUGGGUUCGUGAUCAUCGGGUUCACCACAAGUUCACUGACACGGAUGCUGACCCACAUAACUCAAAAAGGGGCUUCUUCUUCUGCCACAUUGGCUGGCUCAUGGUGAGGAAGCAUCCGGACGUUAAAAUAAAGGGAAAGACCGUGGAUAUGAGCGACUUGGAAAGCGACCCCGUCGUUGUAUGGCAGCGCAGGACAUACCUAGUCACAAUGCCACUGUUAUGCUUCGUGCUGCCGGCCCUUGUGCCAGUUUACUUCUGGAAUGAAGACCCCUGGGUUUCGUGGUAUGUGGCCUCUGUUAUGAGGUACACUCUGCAGCUUAAUGGAACAUGGCUAGUAAACAGUGCGGCACACAUGUGGGGCUACAAGCCCUUUGACAAGGACAUCAGUGCAGUAGAGAACCUGACUGUGGCAUCUUUGGGGUUCGGAGAAGGCUGGCACAACUACCAUCAUGUGUUUCCAUGGGAUUACAAGGCAGCUGAGCUUGGCCCCUACAGGACUAACUGGACUACUGGCUUCAUUGACUUCUUCUCUCGCAUUGGAUGGGCUUAUGAUCUCAAAACCGUAUCCACAGAGAUGAUAAGAAGACGUGCAGCUAGGACAGGAGAUGGUAGUCGCCACAGUGACGCCCCUCUUGAAGAUUUGCAUGAAACUGACAACAGUAUAUGGGGCUGGGGAGACAAAGAUAUGCCCGAGGAAGAUAUAAAAGAAGUGCGGAUAUACAAUAAAUGUAACUGACAAACCAGUACAUUUAUGUCGUAAAGUGUAUGUCGAGGUACUCUUAGAUGUAGAUGUGUCAACAAAAUGUGAUGUACGUGGUUGCAAAUGGGCCUACUUUAGGGUAAUAUUAUCCUAAAGUAGGCCCAUUUGCAACCAUAUACUUCGUACAAUGUAACUCUUUCUUAGAUAAGGGAAACUUUUUGACGAAUGUAUUAAUUGGGAACGUCAUAAUAAUAUGGAUAUUGAUCCAAAUAUUUUAUGUUCCAUAGAGGUCCUAUUGCAUAGAAUUAAAUUUGAAAACUAAAGUAAAUGGGAAAAUAAGUACAGGCUUUUGGGAAUAAUUUAUAUUGUAGCUACUGAUCAUGUGAGCACCUCGCAAAUUUGUUCAAAUGAGAGGCUAGGAGUGAUGAAUAUGUUUAGACUAUAUAUUCAACAUAAAAACAUAUUCAGCAACAUCUAUUAAAGAAUUAAUAUCAAUGUGUUCUAAUUCAUGUUCUUUGUUGACAAAAUUAUUACUCUCUGCAAAUUUAUCAAACUAUCACGACAAAAGAACUGUUCAAAUUUAUUGAUGAAACAAUUUAAAUAAAGCUUUAAACUAGCACCACAGAGCUAUAACUUGCAUUUUGAUGACACAUCUUCAGUCACCCUAACACGUUACAAUAUGAUACCUAAGUACGUUUCUUUGCAAUAUUAUUUCGUGACUGUAGACACAUUGCCAUUUCAGGCUUUUGUAGACAGGGAUAUUUAUGGACGUUUUGUCUGAACGCAGAUAAAUUAGCCAUAAUUACUGAACAUCAUGCUGUAUCCUGUUAUGAAAAGCUUCAUUCUUACAAUAACUUAAGUUAUAAUCCAAAGA